AUGUGCAUUCUGUUUUCAAAAUGUAAUAGUAGAUAUAGCAUUCACAAAGUUCAAGGUUUAACAUUACCUGAUAUAUCACUAAGUUUAGACUCCCAAAUGUUUGAAAAAAGGCAGGCCUAUACAGCAAUAAGCAGAUGUAGCAAUUGGAAUAAUGUUAAAAUUAAAUCUUUAAGUAAAGGAGCAUUCACUGUUGACAAAUCUAUGAUCAAGGAAUAUGAGAGAUUAGUAGAAAAAGCAUCUGAACUAUUAUCUUUAUCUAGACCAUUACAAACCAAUAAUUAA